AUGGGCUGUUUCCCAUGCUUUGGAUCGUCAGAAAAGGAACAAAAUAAUGUCAAUGGUGUAAAAGAAGUGGCAAAAAAGGAGUCAUUCAAAGAAGGUUCAGGAGCUCAUUCUCAAAACCAUGUGAACAGAGCCAGUUCAGACAAAUCAAAAUCUCGGAGUGGUAAUGAUCCCAAGGAAGCAGCAUCUCCUAAAGAGCCUCUAGCACACAUAGCUGCACAAACAUUUACUUUUCGUGAGCUUGCAUCUGCAACUCAAAACUUUAGACCAGAGUGUUUGCUGGGUGAAGGUGGGUUUGGACAUGUUUACAAAGGCCGAUUGGAAAGCACAGGACAGGUGGUUGCUGUUAAACAGCUUGAUCGAAAUGGUCCCCAAGGGAAUAGAGAGUUUUUGGUGGAGGUUCUUAUGCUUAGCCUCUUGCACCAUCCAAAUCUUGUCAACUUGAUAGGAUAUUGCGCUGAUGGCGAUCAACGGCUUCUUGUUUAUGAGUAUAUGCCAUUGGGAUCUCUAGAAGACCAUUUACAUGAUCUUCCGCCGGAAAAAGAACCUCUGGACUGGAAUACAAGAAUGAAGAUUGCUGCUGGCGCGGCCAAGGGAUUAGAAUAUUUGCAUGACAAAGUCAGCCCUCCUGUGAUAUACAGAGACUUGAAAUCAUCCAAUAUACUUCUCGGCGAGGGAUACUUCCCCAAGUUAUCAGAUUUUGGGCUUGCAAAACUGGGUCCCGUUGGUGAUAAAACUCACGUUUCUACGAGGGUGAUGGGGACUUAUGGUUAUUGUGCUCCAGAAUACGCUAUGACUGGUCAACUCACUUUGAAAUCUGAUGUUUACAGUUUUGGAGUUGUCUUUCUUGAAAUCAUCACAGGGCGCAAGGCAAUUGAUAACAGGCAGGCUCCAGGCGAGCAGAAUCUUGUUGCAUGGGCAAGACCACUUUUCAGGGAUCGAAGGAAGUUUCCAAAGAUGGCCGAUCCUCUACUACAAGGCCAUUAUCCAAUUCGUGGACUUUAUCAAGCACUAGCAGUGGCUGCCAUGUGUCUACAAGAGCAAGCUGCCACACGACCCCUAAUUGGGGAUGUGGUGACUGCUUUGACAUAUCUAGCAUCCCAAACAUAUGACCCUAAUGAUCCUCCUCCACACAGCAAUAGAAUUGAUGCAUCCACUCCGAGGCAUCGGGAUGCACGAAGAAACAUGUCUAUUGGAACUGAUAGCCUGGAUGAGUCUGGACGCAGCAGCCACCAUGGUUCCCCUUCCGUCAACAAGAAUUCGCCUGAUUUCAGGAAGAGAGACUCGUUCAAGGAGUUUAAUAAUGGAGAGUUGCGGAGGAUUGAAACUGGUGGUGGUUCUGGCCGGAAAUGGGGUUUAGAUGAGCUAGAGCGUCCUGAUUCUCAAAGAGACACACCUGUUAAUGCAGGUAGAGGUAGAGAAGCUCCAAGGAACCGGGAUCUAGACAGAGAACGAGCAGUUGCUGAUGCAAAAGUGUGGGGCGAGAAUUGGAGAGGACGAAAGAGGGCAAAUGGCGGUGUUAGUUUUGACGGUACAAAUGAUUCGUUGCACUAG